AUGUCUCGUCUUAGCCGUGGGUGCUUGAGAUGCCGCCAACGGCGAGUCAAAUGCGACGAAGGACGUCCUGCUUGUCGGCGUUGCGUAAACCGCAAUGAGGCGUGCGAAGGAUAUCGCGAUGAAGCAAGCAUAGUAUUUCGUCACGAGAGGAAGAAAGUCGUUGAGCGUGCUAAUGCUAUGGCAAUAUCACCCGCUACGACGGCAUCGCGGAGUUCUAGACGGAGGAGCCGAUCUACCGACAACGGGUCAUAUCGGAGCAGACCGUCUAUAACAUUUAUCUACCCUUCUAAGCUCACGGCGGAACGGGCUCCCGGACUGAGGUUACCGGAGCGGUUUCCGUGGACGAAUACAAUCCCGGAUCAUUUGCGACCUACCCCCGAAGAUGAUGCUGUCAAUCGGUUUAUGGAUAAAUAUGUCUUAUAUCCAUGCAACGAGACAUCAUCACCCGGCUUUCUUGAACACCUUCCAUGUCUAUUCAAAGACGUAAAUGUGGAAGGUCGCUUCGCUCUACGCUGGGCCGUUCGGGCUGCGGCGUUCGCUGAUUUGUCGAAGGCGGAAAAUAGCGACGCCCUAGAAGCCAAAGCAUUCCAUUGCUACGGGUUAUCGCUUUCCGCACUGAGCGAAUCGUUAAAAGCGGUGGGCAAGGUCCCUGAUGACUACGAUCUCAUGGCGGUGGUUAUAUUGGAUAUCUUUGAGACUUUCUUUAUUGAUAAUCCAGCAAUGAGGGGAGCUCACGCUCAGGGAAUGGCGCAGAUCCUAAGACUGCGGGGAUCGGACCAGAUUUAUAGCCCUCGAGGCUGGAGUCUAUUUAGGCUUGCUCACCAUAGAAUUCAAAAACAGCAGUUGGCUUUCAAUAUAAAACCACUCGAUGAGUCAGACCAUUGGAUUGGCCAGUUGAAAGAUGACAUGCCUUUUGUUCGUCUAGAGAAAGACUCUCUUUACAUUAGCAAGACAUGCGGGCGGGCGAGGGCGUUACAGGAUGCCCUAGCUAGCGGUAGCUCGUCGAUAUCUGAGAUCCUGGACAUAGUGCACGAAUUAAUGAAGCUCGACAAUGAGGCGGUUAGCUGGCGGCAGAAGCCAGAAUGGUCGUACAAGGUCUUAAACGUGUGCGACUUGCCCCCUUUCUCUCCUUCCAUACGACCCCUAGCCAGCACUAUUCAACUCCACCCCGAUCUCUGGAUUGCCUAUGAGUGGAACUACCAUCGUGUAGCGCGAAUAAUUGCCCACCAGCAGAUUUUGAAGUGCCUAAAAGCCGCAAUGGAAUCCCUCAGCCCGGAUGAUGUAGCAAAUGAGACUCUACAAUUCUUGAUUGAGCAAUCCACCGGAACGAUACGGGUGCUAGCUGAUGAAGUCCUUUCAACUGUGCCUCAAAGCUUUGGCGAUAUCGACAACUUAGGACGCUUACACGAUGAUCAUAAAGUGGGACCUCCACGGUGUCGGGGAAUAGGGGGAUACCUUCUACUCUGGCCUAUCAAAAUCAUCAAAGCGGAACAAUUCGCAACGACGCCAGAGCAAAAGCACAAGGGGCAAACAGUAUUUGAGCGGAUUAGAGAGUACACCGGAAUGAAGUCACAUCUUGGUUCUCUAAGCAUUAUAUGA